AUGCCCAAUGUCGAACGCACUCUCGCGGAGAAGGAAGGAGCGGCGUAUAAACCGACUGGCCCAGCUGGUGGUAUCGACAUCGUUGGUCCAGAUUUGUCUGCUGUACCGGAGGAAGGGAAGGAAUAUGAUGGUUUGAAGGUAAAUGGCAGGAAUAGAGAUUUGGUCAGAAGUCCUGGUUAUGCUAGGUCGUACAGUGACGGCGAAGACGGCGAGGAGGUCUUCGACGGGCCGAAUAGGGAUAGUGCGAGAGUGGACAAUAAUGCAAAUGGUGGCGAGGUGGCGAUAGAGGCGGUAGAGCUAGCAAUAAUGGAGGCAGUAUUCUUGGACAUUUUGCAAGCGCGAAUGGGUGAACUUGCAGGGAGGGCGUGGCAUAUGAUGAGGUUCGGAGUCCCGCUUAUGGUCGCGUCGUCAAGCAUGGCAUGGUCCACGAUCCACAAUAUAGGAACGCCAUAA